CUUUUGGUGUUGGCAACAUGAAGAUGGAGCGUGGGAGUUCAAGUUCAUUCUCCACAUUGGACACUGCUCAAGAGAAGGGUCUCUCUUGUGUUCCUCAACAAUAUGUGAUUUCGACAUUGCAUAGGCCCAAUUUGGCACCCAAGGAAUAUGCUAAUGUUGCUGUUAUUGACGUUGCUGCACUUAAGAAUGGCUCAGCAACAAGGUCUCGUGUUGUUCAAGAAAUAAGAGAUGCUUGUCGUCGCUUGGGUUUCUUUCAAGUGGUGAACCAUGGAGUGGGUGAGUCAGUGCUUGAUGAGGCUCUAUUUGUGGCUUCAAAAUUUUUUGAUUUGCCAACAAAGGAGAAGGUCAAAUUGAUGUCAAAUGAUGUGCACAAGCCAGUGAGGUAUGGAACGAGCUUAAAAGAUGGAAUUGACAAGGUCAAAUUUUGGAGGGUUUUUCUCAAACACUAUGCUCACCCCUUAAAGGAUUGGAUUCACAUGUGGCCAGAAAAUCCACAGGACUACAGGGAAAAGAUGGGGAUAUAUUGUCAAGAAGUGAAGAAAUUGGGCUUAGAAGUGAUGAUGGCAUUGAUUGAGAGUCUUGAAUUAGAUCCCACAUAUCUCACCAAAAAGAUUGAAGAUGGCAUGCAAGUAAUGGCAGUGAAUUGCUAUCCACCCUGCCCUGAACCAGAGAUUGCACUAGGGCUACCCCCACAUUCUGACUAUAGUUGCCUAACCAUUUUGCACCAAAGCCUCCCUGGGCUAGAGAUAAUGGAUUUGGAGGAUGGCACAUGGAAGGUUGUCCCACACAUUCCUGGUGCCCUUCAAGUUCAUGUGGGUGACCAUUUUGAGGUACUAAGCAAUGGGUUGUACAAGAGUGUUGUGCACAGGGCUACCCUUAAUAAGGACAGGACAAGGAUCUCGAUCACCAGCUUGUUCAGUUUGGGGAUGGAUGACAAAAUGGAGACAGCUAAAGAGCUUGUGGAUGAUCAACAUCCUAAGAAGUAUAAGAAAAGUAGUGUUAGAGAUUUUCUUGACUUUCUGGCAUCCAAUGACAUUGGUGAGGGGAAGAACUUCAUUGACAUGCUCAAGGUCAACUACAAUUAGUGGUCCUUCAAAUAAAAAACAAAAAUAGUAAUGGUGUUUGGUUCUCUUAAAUAGUGCAUGCAUUAGUCAUAUUGGCUGAGGAAAGAAGAUUGAGCAUUUAGAGUGGUUUGGUUGAUGCAAUAAUAAACUUCUCUAGCUAGUUUGGUUUUCUUACAUAUCAAUAAAGACCUAAG